AUGGUUUUGGAUCAACUUGUACAAUCUUCACGCCGUGCAUUUGUACGAUUGGGAAGGAAGAAACGGCAUUCAUCCAUGACAACAACGACCAUGACAACGAAUCUCCAUGACACCUUGUUACUUGCAGAAGAACAUCUUGUUGGCCGACAUGGACGAUCGAAUGAUGCACGUAUUGCCGUUUCACUUUUACAACAAUUGAUCACCACGCACGACGACGAUGAUGAUGAUGAUGACAAUGAUGCGAUGGCACGUGCACAGGGCUUACUUGGCUUUUGUCAUGAAUUUGGAUUGGGUACGGAAGAAGAUUUUGUGGCAGCCGAAGCGCAUUAUGCAGCGGGCGCUUCUAUGGGUGAUGCUUUGGCCAUGUUACGACUUGCCUUUUUACGUAAAUACGGACGACCUGGUAUAAAGAUGGAUCGAUGUGAAGCCGAAUAUUGGGAACAUUUAUUACAAGAGGAGUACGCUCAUCAAGCCACGCGUGUGAUGGAAUGGUUAACCUGUUGCGCUGCUUCAUCCUCCUCCUCCUCUUCAAUGACCCAGCAUUUAGCAGGGGCAAGUCAAUACUGCCUUGGUGUGUGUUACCAUGAUGGUUUAGUGGUGCCGCAAGAUGUCGGUGCGGCGUUCGGGUGGUACAAGGCGAGUGCCGAGAGUGGCCAUGCUAGAGGACAAGGCAUUUUGGGCUACUGCUACGGUGAAGGAGUCGGUGUUUCGGAACGAGAUGCUACGCAGGCACUGGUUUGGUAUCGCCGUGCAGCAGCACAAAACGAAACAGUGGCCAUGUACAAUAUCGGCUAUUGCUAUGAAGAUGGCCUUGGCGUACAAAAAGAUAUGACCAUGGCAGUCCAUUGGUAUCGUCGUGCAGCUGAACUCGGCAAUGCAUUUGCACAAAAUGCUUUGGGCUAUUGCUACGAAGAUGGAUUGGGCAUUGUACGUGAUCCUUCCUUAGCCGCCAUGUGGUACGCAAGAUCCGCUGCUCAAGGCUAUCCAUGGGCUCAAUGCAACUUGGGCUACUGCUAUCAAAAUGGCAUUGGCGUAGAAAAAGAUCCUGUCAUUGGCACUGAAUGGUAUCGUCAAGCUGCUCGUCAAGGUCAUGCACGUGCUCAACACAACCUUGGCUUUUGCUACCAAAAUGGUAUCGGUGUCGAUCGUCCCAAUCCACAAAAGGCUGUUGAAUGGUACCUUAAAUCAGCUGCACAGGGCAACAUGUUUGCUUUCCAUUCCCUUGGUUACUGUUAUCAGAAUGGCAUUGGUGUCGAUCAACCUAGUUCCAAGGAUGCUGUUUAUUGGUAUACUCUCAGCGCACGUAAAAAUCAUGCACCGGCUCAACUCUCACUUGGCUUUUGCUAUCGUAACGGUGUUGGUGUUGACAAGAAUGAACGUGAAGCUGUCAAAUGGUUUCGUCUCGCUGCUGAACAAGGCAACGCACUUGCACAAAACUCGCUUGGCUUUUGUUAUGAAGAAGGCAUCGGUCUUGAUAAACCUGAUCCCCACUCAGCUGUGUAUUGGUACACACAAUCAGCUCGUCAAGGCAACCCUUGGGCUCAAUGCAAUCUGGGUUUUUGUUAUGCGCACGGACUUGGUGUCGAUAAAGUGGAUCCUGCACGUGCCGUUCAUUGGUAUCGAAAAGCCGCCGUUCAAAAUCAUGCACGCGCUCUCGACAAACUUGGCUAUCAUUUACAAAACGGCUUGGGUGUUCGUCAAAAUUUACCAUUAGCUGCAAGGUACUUUGAACGUGCUGCACAACUUGGUCAUGUCGCUGCUCAAUUCCACCUUGGUGUUUGUUACGAACGUGGCGUUGGUGUCCCAAUGAAUCUUCAACACGCUUUAUACUGGUUUGAAAGAGCUGCUUUGACGGGUUGUCGUAGCUCUCAUGAGCGCUUACGUCGAUUGUUGCUUCGAUACUGCCUAGAAAAUGCAUCCGUGAUUGAAGCAAGUGACCCAACCCUUUUUGCCAAAGGAUGCCAUCCCGUUGGUUGGAUUGCGGGUUAUAGUGCCAAGGCUGCAUAA